AACGCCAUGAACCAAUGGGUUUGCGCUUCGUGUUGUUUCGGUUCUGGAAUUCACUGUCACAAAGUGGAAUGUCAGUUUGCAGGAGCUUCAGCUGCGUCAGACUUCAUCGUUGAACAGAGUACGUAUGCAGAUUUUGGGCAACGGGCAAUAUGGCAUCAGCACAGGCAGCCUUAGCAUUUGCUAUUUGUAUAUUAAUGAUAUCAGAAUUAAUAUUAGCAAAAAAGGACUACUAUGAUAUUCUGGGUGUGCCAAAAAGUGCAUCUGAACGGCAGAUAAAGAAGGCCUUUCACAAGCUUGCAAUGAAAUACCACCCAGACAAAAAUAAGAGCCCUGAUGCGGAGGCAAAGUUCAGGGAAAUAGCUGAAGCAUAUGAGACCUUGUCAGAUGAGAAAAGAAGAAAAGAGUAUGAUCAGUUUGACUAUCGGGCGUUUACAAAUUCUGAAGAUGGGCAUGGACAUCAUUUUGAUCAGCCAUUCAAUUUUAACUUCGAUGAUAUGUUUAAAGAUUUUGAUGUGUUCAGUCAGAAUCACCAAGCUCGUCAAAAAAAGCACUUUGAAAAUCACUUCAGAGCUCACCAGGAAGCCCACCGGAAACACAAGCGACAUUUUCAAGAGUUCUCUUUUGGAGGGGGGGUCUUUGACGACAUGUUUGAAGACAUGGAAAAGAUGUUUUCCUUCAGUAGUUUGGACAGUACUCGGAGGCACACAGUAAGAACUGAGAACAGGUUUCAAGAGUCUGGGAAGCAGCACUGCAGAACUGUCACACAACGAAGAGGAAAUAUGGUCACCACAUACACAGACUGUUCAGGAUCAUAAGUUACAAUGUUUCAUGCCUUGUUGGGUACAGUUUUUAACACCAAACGAUCAAAUUUAAGUAUCUAUAGUGUGUGUUUUUUUUUUUAAAUAAUGCAGACAUAUAUUUAACAUUUUGCCAAUCUAAACCCUUGAGUGAAGUUUGUUAUGAGUGGAGUGUGAUUGUUUCUUCACAUACACCUAAUUUUUUAAAAUAGUGCGCUGCAGAGAUAACCUCAACAUUUACUCACAUUUUCAAUACAAUCUAAAAAGAAAAAUCAUCAGGCAAUACAAUUUAUAUUGGGCUCAUUUUAGAACACCCUGCAAUUAGGAAGUUCCAAUUAGUAGACCUUAGUUUGUUUGUAGUUCUUUUUUACUCAAAUGUAGUAAAUAUAUACAGACUUAAUUUUUUAUUUUCAGUGAUCCAGUAAAAAAAAAGAUAUAAUAAUAGUAAUAUGAUGGCCAGGUUUAAAACAUCCAAAUCUGAUUUGUAAACUAAAGGUUAUGGUAACACAUUUCUCAUACUAGUUUUAUGUAAAAUUAAAACAUGCAGAAGGUGGUAGACCUUGAUGUCGUUUAAAUGUAUACACGAUUUAUGAUGAAGUGUACAUAAUACUCCUUAUCAGUUAAUACUCAGGAAGGCUCAAACUACAUUUGCUUUCAAUAAUGGUCUGAAUUUCUGUAGUGUUUGAUUCUGUUACCUCAUGUCCUCUGUAGAGUCUGUGUUGUAUAGAUUUAUAAUGUGCAAUAUGUCAAGCCAGCUUUUCUCUUUUCCUAUGUUUGCUUAAUUAUUUUAAUUCAUUGCUGGUUUUAUAUUAAAUGUUCAAUUCAUGUACAGCUGGAUUGUCAUGCACUUUCUUUUUUGCACUUAUUCCUGUGGAUACAAUUUAUGUACAUGAGUCUUAUAUGAUGAAUGCACACGUGUGAAAAAAUAAAAUAUAGUUAUGUGUAAAAUCUAAAGAAUUUUAGUGUAAUCUUGUAAACACUUAAUCCAGGGAUUUGUAAUUUUAUGGAGUAAGUAGUUUCAAAUGUGAUGUUAAUUUCAGUUUUUACAUCUCCCGUACUAUUCUAUAGUGUGUGCAGUCCUUCUGUGUGUUUCUACGUUCUGUUGCGCCCUUCCAGUUCUGCUCUUUGUUCCAACCCUGGUCUUACUUGUUUAAUUGAAACAAUUAAACCUCCAUACAAACACUAAAGUAGUUAAUUAUCUAAUUUUACUUAAGAGGUAGAAUGUCUCUCCAUGACUGAUUGGGCACCUCUAUUUUAAAUACUGGGACUGAACAGCCUUCCUCAUUUCAUUCCAAUUUGA